AUGUUCCGUAAGGUGAAAAAACGCCACAGCAGCAGCAGCUCUCAGAGCAGUGAAGUCAGCACCAAAAGUAAGUCCGUAGAUUCCAGCGUGGGAGGACUCUCCAGGUCCAGCACCGUCGCCAGCCUCGACACGGACUCUACCAAGAGUUCAGGAAACCAUGUAUCAGAAACAUGUGCAGAGUUCCGGGUAAAGUACGUGGGAUCCAUUGAGAGAUUACAGUUUGACAUGAGUAAGACGCUCAAGGAACCUCUUGACCUCAUCAACUACAUUGAUGCUGCCCAGCAAGAUGGAAAGCUGCCAUUUGUGCCAGGAGACGAGGAGUUGAUCCUGUUUGUAUCGAAACACGGAGUGAAAGUGGCCUCGCUGGACCAGUGUGAUGUUUUGCACCGCCACCCCCUCUACUUGAUUGUGCGUAUGUUGUGCUACGAUGACGGCCUGGGCGCAGGGAAGAACCUCCUGGCUCUCAAAACCACUGACCCCGACCAGGAGGGGUGCAGCAUUUGGGUGUACCAGUGCAGCAGUUCUGAGCAGGCUCAGUCCAUCUGCAAGGUGCUCUCCGCUUCCUUUGACUGUGCACUUGCAUCGGACAAGUCUUGA